AUUUGCGUCGACGAUCGUAGAAAUGUUGCGCAGUGCCGUCUGUCGUAUUGCUGUUCGUCAGAGCUUUCUAGCUACUCUCCGAGUUCCGACUGUUUAUGGUACUUCGAUAUUCUCGCGCUCGCUGAGUUCGACGCAGCGAAGACUUGAAGCGGUUUCUCCUACAGCAAAUGUCAACAAAACCAACUCCUCCAUUCUGAAUACUGAAGCCACCGAAGCUGUGGAUCUGUCGGCUCUAGCCGAGAAUCUAGUUACCGAUCUGAUUACCGCCGAUGGUAGAACGCCGAGUUUAGGCGAUUACGGUUUGGGCGGAUGGACCCCCUGGGGCCUAAUACAAACUGCCCUCAACGAGCUGCACUCACUAGGUGUUCCCUGGUGGCUUUCAAUCACUUUGGGCACCGUGACACUCAGGCUGACUUUAUUGCCGCUUAUCAUUAAAAGUCAACAGUACAACGUCACAUUAAACAACAACACACCGAAAAUCUUGGAGCUGAAACUUCGACUAAUCGAGACUCGUCAGAUGGGGAAUGAACUUGAAUUCGAAAGGGCGCAAAACGAUUUCAUGAAGUUCUGUGAAGAGAAGAAGGUUAAUCCCCUUUAUGGGUUCGCUCCAAUGAUUAUACAGAUCCCAAUAUUCGUCUCCUGCUUUUUGGCCAUUCGAGGCAUGACAAAUUUGCCACUGGAAUCAAUGAAAACCGGAGGCUUUUAUUGGGUUUCCGAUCUGACCACUACAGAUCCAUAUUGUAUCCUGCCUCUCUUUACAAGUUCAGCGCUGUUUUGCUCUACUUAUUUAGCUUCAAAAACUCAAGUUCAGACACAAGACAUAGGCAUAUUUCGGUACGGCAUGUACGCACUGCCAUUCAUAAUCUUUCCAAUUUCGAUGCAGUUCGCCUCGGGAGUUGUCUGGUAUUGGACUACCACAAACACAUUUACGUUCUGUCAGCUGGUCUUUCUGAACAUAUCCACCGUCCGCAAAUGGUUCGGAAUUCCGAAAAUUAUUCAUCAUAAGCUUCCAAAACCGGGUAUUCCUCUGGAAAAAAUGACGGCCAUGAGGCCAUCUCAGCGAACUCGCCUACGGGAGGCUGUUACAUCUGCUCUCAAAUCUGACAUGCCAGUAAAUCAGCCCGGCAGGUUUGACCGUCCAAAAAUGAUCGUUGAUGAUUCUCCUAAACGGCAAGCGUCAAUUUUCGUCGUUUUUGAGUUUUUUAAAAAAAGCGCGUUCUUCGAAGUGAAUCUUCUCGAUUCACAACCAACCAAAAUGCUCCUAAACGUGUACCGACUUACAACUCAAAGGAGUAUUUUACCUUUAUUGAAGACUUCAAACAUUUAUUUAAAGGAGACGUUACCACUGCGUUCAUUCAGCGCAACGCCAAAAAAGUUCGAGGCCGAGUUUUUUAAAGACAUUAGUUUUAGUUCUACUACCAAAUUAAAAAAUGAGUUAACUUCAGCCGACAUACCGAACAUCAAGUCGUUCUGUCCGGACGCUUCCAAUGACGAAGCGCGCUGUGGUUUUGAAGAGUUAGACGCGAACCAGUUUGUUAAUGGCGUGCGUCCUGGCAAUAACCUACUCGCAGCAGUUCCUAUCACUGCCACUACUGCUCAAAGCUUAGCUGAUGCAGGCCUCGGUGGAUGGACGCCGCCAGGUUUAGUGCAAGUGACUCUCGACAAUCUUCAUUCAAUUGGUCUUCCGUGGUGGGUCGCAAUUGUCGUCAGUACCUUCACAAUAAAGUUGCUUCUUAUUCCACUUGUCGUAAAAUCCCGUAUAAGUUCUGUCCGUUUACAAAAUAACAUGCCUGAAAUGAUGAAACUCCAAUUAAAAAUGAGCGAGGCCCGAACUAACAGAGACCACGUCGCUGCAAAAAAGGCUGCUGAAGAACUUGUAGCAUUCUAUCGAGAGAAAAAUUGCAGUCCAAUAUCACCAAUAUUACCAAUUGUGGCACAGGCUCCUUUUUUUAUCUCAUUUUUUCUCGGUAUUCGGCAAAUGGCAACUUUGCCGCUGGAAUCAAUGAAAAAUGGAGGUGUGUUGUGGUUUACCGACUUGACUAUCGCCGACCCAUUCUACAUUUUGCCGUUUCUUACCAGCUUGUCGAUGCUUGCCACUCUUGAGGUUGGCGCUGAGACAGGAACGAAGCCGGAGCAAAUGCAGCAAAUGAAGUACUUCUUACGGGCAAUACCUGUUCUUAUAUUUCCCGCGACGAUGUGGUUUCCCUCAGCAGUUCUGUGCUAUUGGUUAACCUCGAACGUGUUCACGCUUGGUCAGGUGGCAAUUCUGAAUGUGCCUGCUGUGCGGCAAUGGUUCAACAUCCCCGAAAGGAUUCCCCACGUUCACGUGAUGCCGCCUAUCAUGACCAUGAAUCAGAGGAAGCCAGCGGAGAUGAUGAGAGAAUUCCUUCGAAACAGUCAGAUCAGCAAAGAACUCGAGGAGCGAGGGCUGGGAGACAGGAUCCGCCAGAAACAGGCAGCUAUUAAAGCUUGUGCUAGUGCAUCCAACAAUAAAAUAGAGCAAACAAGCAAACCAUGUUUUAAUCAUCUACCAAAAUUAGGUGCUAUCGAGCGCAAGGAAGCGGACAAACGCAAAAACAGUUAAGGGUAUUCUGGCUGUAGUAAUUGUGCUGAUAGAAUAUUAAUGGAGCCCUAUAUAUGGGCUUAAAUUUGAUAUUUGCGUUUUGUAUGUCGUUGCUAUUAAGUAGAUUUUGUCAGCUUAUUCGUCUGUCUGAUCAGCACGGAAUCGUGCGAUAAAUAGCGAACUGGAUCAGUAGUUGUAAAGAUGUACAUAAUUUCAUGUCCGUAGGCAUGUCUACGUGUGUACAUACGGAAAUAAAAUUAAUGAUUAUAUGCCAGAAAGAGCAGUAAGCGCUGAGCUGUGUUGGCUCAGCUAGAGUGCAAGAAACGUUUGCACUAUAUAAGGAUGUAAAAAAAAGGAUAUUUAUCUAAAACGGCUGUGAACCGAAAAUAUAACCUUACUUAUUCCCCUCUCUACAUAGUGAAUUAAUCUGCAUACUAGCGGGUGACUAGCAAGUCGAGUGGCGCCGCAUUUUGUUGUUUUAUUGGCAGGCAAAUGAGAACUCCAUUUGGUAUUAUAUAUAAAAAUUUAUGUGGACAGCGCUUUGUAAUGAAGAAGUUCAGAUGUCUUACCUAAGCACUGAGUCUUUUUUGUCUUUCGACUUGUCAAACAACUAUGUGUUAUAUUUGUGAAAGAACUUCGUAAGCAUGUUAACUAUUUAGAAUUGUUACUAUAGUUCUAUCAUAGCUUGUUUCAACGGCUAAAAUAGCUUCCGUGUAGUCUCUAAUGAUCAAAAUGGUCUCAAUAAUUAAAACUCAUGGUCAGAAUGAAAACACCUAAUUAAUCUAUCUACUAUAUAGACUA